UUGUCAGUUCAUCAGUUGUCUCUGAUGACAUGAAAGAAAAAGUCUAUUUUUAUCAUGAUUUGACAUUGAGACUGAGUGGAGUGAUCAUCGAGUGAUUGCUGAAGUGCUGAAAUCAUGAACCAAGGUUUCCCUAAAUGAGUGAAAAGAUUCUGUUCUUGAGCCAGCUGGCUCAUUAUGUCCCGUAGUUUACUUAAAAGCUGCGAGUUACUCAUUGUCCUAACUGUGACUACCUUCUUCUUCUCCUGGUGCUUACUGAUCGCUUUUGAAACUGAUGGAAAAAGCACUAGAAAUUUGGUGCAGCGUAGACCUAAAAACUCACUGUACAAACUUGGAGUGAUAGUCCCUUUUCGAGAUAGAUUCGAUGAAUUGCUUGAGUUUGUUCCACACUUGCAGAUGUUCCUGAAUAACCAGAGUGUUUGGCAUCAAAUUUAUAUUGUGAAUCAGAUAGACGACUACAGGUUUAACAGAGCAAGUUUGAUCAAUGCUGGAUUUCUGUUCGCCACAUCAGGAUCUGAAUCUUGCGAUUACAUUGCAAUGCAUGACAUUGAUCUCCUUCCAUUGAACCAACAGCUGCGCUACUCGUUCCCCGCUGCAGGACCACUGCAUUUGGCUGCUCCUCACUUGCAUCCCAAGUAUCACUACAAGACUUUCGUCGGAGGAAUUCUGCUGAUUUCAAAGGACCACUUUAUUCAAGUGAAUGGAAUGAGUAACAAAUAUUGGGGCUGGGGCCUCGAAGACGAUGAAUUUUACGUUCGCCUGAAACAAGGUGGUUUGACAAUUCAUCGCCCUGGAAAUCUAUCUACUGGUAUUAAUAACACUUUCAGGCACUUUCACAAUCCCAGACGGAAACGAGACUACUUGAAGUGCUUCAACCAGCGUGAAAGCACACGCAAAAGGGACAGAAUCACUGGCUUAAACACGCUUCAGUACUCCCUUGUUUCGACCCGCUCCUUCCUGGUGGAUCACUCGGCUCCAGUAACUGUACUCAACGUUCGGCUUUCCUGCGAUGAAAAACUAACGCCCUGGUGCAAAUGCCCUGGCAAGAAACCUUCACUACAAACAAAUAACGAUAAAAAUGAAGGUAAAAGCGGAAAAGUUAGUUGAAUUGACCGUACAUGGCUCGACAAAGAAUGGCUAGUUUCUUUUUACGCGAGGAAAAUUCCAGGUCCUGCCCAACCUGAAUUGUUCCUGAGCGAAUAUUUAUGGCCCAUUGGCGCUACAGUUUUGCGACUUGUGGGUCCACUAUCUAAUCAUGUGUGAAACCAUGGUUAUGAUGCAACCUAGAGGAACUGUUGUUGUAUUCAGCGGCAAUAAAUUUGUUGUUGUUUUUUUGUAAUAGGAGAGUUGUGUCAUAAUCUCCUCAAAGUUUUGUAUCAGCACAAAAACAAUCAAGUCAAGGUCAUAAAAUUUUUUUAAGCGCAGCUGUGAUCGAUAAUCUUCCUAACAGUUUUUCUGCAAUCCAGUUGAGGCAUUUUUGUUGCCAAGCAAACCUUCAUGUAUUCUCCUUUUGCUAAUUUCUCAACUUUCGCUGUUUCUACUAGAAGAUGGCCUGUGUUUGAGCUUGUGUUUCAAAAUUUUUAUUCUCUGUGAAGGAAAACUUUGCAAAUCUUCAUACGGCUAUUUUAGAUUGUCGAUCUUUGGAGCUCUGUCUGUCAAAAUCACAAUAUCACAUGAUUCAAGUUUUUAUACUAAUUUAUUGAAUGAUAUUGUGUAAGCGAGAUGCUCCCUAGUAGUCUUCUAUUGGUUGACUCAUCAACCAGUUUUGGUGCUAGUCUGAUGAGGAAUCCCCUCUUUCCCGUUCCUCUUUCUUUUGACCGGGAAGAAUCGGACAUUUUAGGUGUUUGAUUUUCGUAAGAAUUCUGUACUUUACAAUUCUUUACCUCAGUUGUCUUUUGUUUUGUAAUCAUGGCUUGUCCAGCUGUAAUUCUAUUGUUUUUCUUUGACUUGUGUCCAUUCAUUGCACAAAAUGAAGAAUAAAAUUAAGUUCUGUCUGCUCGAUUAAGUUGAAGCAUGAAAGAAAGAGACUCAGAAAAGGCUCGGCCAUCAGGCUCACACAGCACAGAGUGAAGCCUGGGUCAACAAUGGGAUCAAAGAGGUAGCGUUCCUGCUCGUACCACUUCUUUAUCUCGGCAAAAAAUUCUGUGAAGCGAUCUAGCAAGUAGGUGGGACCCUAAAUCCAGCGUGUAGGGAUGCAGGAAGUUUGUGAAUACAUCCCUUGACCACCCAGUUGCAUGAUAGAUUUUCCUUCGUUUUUUUUUUCAAAAUUAAUGAAUGAUGUAAGCAAUUCGAAGCAUGGAAGUAACAUCUACGCCUGAAGGAAUAUUUCAGGAAAGCUACUGAAGUUCCCUGUCUACUGGAAAGAUAUUUAAUAUAAAAAAAAUUAUCAAUAUAAAAUAAUAAAUGACCCAGACAACAAAUUGAUCAGAGGAAUUUUAUGGAGACAAUUUUUAUCGCUGAAAAGAAAUCAGUUGAUAAAAGAGUGUUUUACUUCAUUCAUUGAUUCUGAAAGAACGAAAACAAUUAAACACACAAGCAAGAAAUUUGAUAAAUAUUGAUGUAUGAUUUGUUGGGACCUUGCUCCCAAUCGACUUCUACCUAAAAGCAGUUAAAGGUCCGUAGGUCUACAAUUAUUUGGUCUACUGUUUGUAGGU